GUCGUCCGGUGCAAGUAAUUGGUUCCUUUGUCGAUAUUAUGUGAACGUUUGUUUAGUGAUGUUUUGUAGUUUACGGAAACGCGAUCUUCGUUUGGAACGACCCGUCUAGUGUGUAUUGCUCGAUAGCUGCGGGAGAGCAUAUUUUUACUACUUACGAGAGAUUUCGAUGUCACGAAAGUAGAAAAGAAAAACAAUACCACCAACUAACUGUUGAAAAAUAAGGUGGAAAUAGAGGAACAGAUUUCCCGGCCACAGAGAUUGGAACGGCAGUGAACACACGGGUGAAGUGUAAAACUAUUUGUGCUUUUAUCGGCUCGUCCAUCAUACACAAAGCGGGCAUAUGCUCUCACUCCCUCUCUUUCGGUUCAGCCUCCCAUAGCCUUCUAUGUAUCUGUCACGAAUUCGAUCGAUUUUGACUUAUCGACCAGAGAUAGGUUGCUUAGCAUAUAGUUUAAUCAGCAGUAGCGCGUUGAUUGUUGAAUGAUGUGGUCGGUAACCACAAACGUCAGCGAGUGAUUUUUUUCAACUUCUAUAUUCAAUCCUGGUGACCAUCAUCUCACAUCACCUAUCUAUGUACCUAACUCUAAACACAACGCAUAAGCAUUGCCAACGACUCUAUUCUAAUAAUGUUAAUAAUGGCGAUUUAGUGUGCAGUGGAUCGUCGAACCGUUAUGUGUUUUGCACGCUUAUUCGGAAGUGAUUGAGGAUGUGAGCUGGCGAUAAAACACACUGUGUACAGAUUUUGCUGGGCACCGGUGCUAUGGUUUCGGAAAACAAGUGAUUAGAGAAUAAUCCAAGGAAAAAUAACAGCUUUCAAUCAGUGGGAAAAAGCUAUCAUGUUGAGGAAUAAGUUUUUGAUAGCAUUAAAUAUGUCAAAAGAGUGUUAGAAGUUCAAUCAAUAAAAGUGCAUCGAGGCAACACUGUGCCGGACAUUGUGAGCAGAAAUGAUUCAGGUCGACUCUGUUGGAUACUCAAAAGUUAAGGAUGAUCCAAAUGAUGACGAAGAUAUGAAAGAGCCAUCGGUGAAACUGCUUACGAAAAUGUCGGAAGAAUUCGCCGAGAAGGAUUGUGACAAGCGGGAAAAGUUGAACGAUCACCAUCAUCAUCUUGUGACGCGACAUCAAGAGCAUAAUCGUGAUGAGAUUGUGCAUAACGAGGAUAAUUUAAGUGAUGAAGAUAACAAUGAUGAGGAGGGAGGUCGAUCCGAGGAUGCCGACAAGAAGGUUGAUUUUCAUCACGACCGCAGUUCUACGCCCGGCCACGGAUCGGCCACUGAUGAACCGUCGGCACCAAGAUCGACGGCUGCGGCUGCGGUUGCAAUUGCUGCGGCCGCUGCUGCAGCUGCUGCCAAGAGUCCAAUUGGUGUGCAAUCAACAUUGCCAAAUGAUUUUAACCCGGCAGCAUUCUUCCCACCACCGGGACAAAUGUCCAUACAGGCCUUCCAGAAUGCAAUUGCUCAAUUCACUGCAAAUGCGUUGGCGAACAAUAUGGAUAAUGAAGCCAUGGUGAAGAACCUGGCUAUAUUACAAUCGGCCUUGUUCACUCUACAGCAGCAACAGUUCUUGCAGUUCCAGUUGAUACAACAUUUACAGUCACAGUUAGUGAGAAAACAGACGACUAAGGAAGAGUCACUUAGUGAUUCCAGUAAUCACUCGUUAUUCAACCAUCAUAAUAAUAAUAACAAUAAUAACAACAAUAAUGAGCAGAGUAAAAGAGCUGAACCGCAGGAUUUGAGGAAGCCUGAACGGCAAGAGGAAGAGGACGAUAUAGAAGAGGAAGGCAUUGAGGAUGCGUAUAGUAAGAGUUAUCAAAUGGCAGCAGUCGCAGCAGCAGCGGCUGCAGCUGCGGCCAACGCAGAAAAUCGUCCAAUCAUCCAUCCCGUUCCAGAGGAAGAACUGAGGAAACCUAAACUUGCCGAUUCAUUCGUCGACAAACGACCGAUGUUAGACAGUUCAGUCACGCUACCAUCUUCGGUGGCGGUUAGUAGUGCGAAUUCGAGCCAUACCACACCUUCGAUAUCAUCCACCGCUCGAAGCGGAACGUCUGAUAAGGAUGAAAUUUUACCAUAUCAGGACUCGAACUUUUCAUCCCUGGCAGCAAAUAUCAUUACCGAUCAUGCCCCUUUAAUGAUGGGUGAACCAAAUUCGUUAGCAAUGUUGGAGAAAAAAGCACAAGAAGUCCUAAACUCAGCCUCUCAAGGCAUUCUAUCCAACAAUUUACUGGAUGAGCUUGCGUUUGCUAAUGAUAAAUCAUCGCCCAAUGGUCGAAGUGAUGCUGCCCUAUUCAAGCACCGUUGUCGGUAUUGUGGCAAAAUUUUCGGAUCCGACUCUUCGUUACAGAUUCACAUACGAUCACAUACCGGAGAAAGACCUUACAAGUGCAAUAUUUGCGGGAGUCGAUUUACCACUAAAGGCAAUCUGAAGGUACAUUUUCAGCGACAUUCGGACAAAUAUCCUCACAUACCAAUGAAUCCAAAUCCAGUGCCUGAGCAUUUGGACAAAUAUUUCCCUCCACUGAUUCCGCAAGAAGCUCUUAAAGAGCAACAGCAGCAGCAACAACAACACCAAUCGCAACCUGCCCCUGGUUCAAUAGCCCCUCCCGGUCCACCUCCACCACAAUUUUCUCCUCUAGACUCGAGGCCAUUUCCACCAAGAGGCUUCUUCUCGGAUUUCUACAUGCCUAGGCCUCCCCUAGAAAUGUUCAACAAUGCUAUUAGUGAACCAUCGCGAAAUCCUGUAGAUUUAUCUCAGGUGCGAAAACCGGAUCCACCAAGAGAACCUACGCCAGAGAUGCGAUUAUCACCCGAAGUAGUGAUUCAUGAAUCACCUCACUGCAUUAAACAGGAACCGAUGGAGGAAUCCUUGGAUCUGUCGGAAAAAUCUUCGAAAACUGUACCGAAGGCCGCCGACAAGGAAGAAGCCGAGCAGGAAAAAGAACUGAAUAAUAGCACUACCAGUGAGAAAGAUUUUCCUCUCAAAUUGAAAAAUAAUUCUGUUGAAAAUCUAGCGACGGUACCAUCUGUUUCACCUCCAUCAAGUUCGUCAUCCGGAUCGCUCUACCAAGAUACGGUACUAGAUCCAUCAUUUUACUCAGCUCAUUUACCGAGGCCAGACAGUAAUGACAGUUCGUGGGAAAACUUCAUUGAAAUAUCCUCGGAAACCUCAAAACUCCAGGAAUUGGUAGAUAAUUUAGAUAACAAAAAUACUGAACCAAAUCAGUGUUUGGUCUGCAAAAAAGUUUUAUCCUGCCGAAGUGCACUUCAAAUGCAUUACCGGGUUCAUACCGGAGAGCGUCCGUUCCGUUGUAAAAUUUGCGGUCGGUCAUUCACAACCAAAGGUAAUCUUAAGACCCACAUGAGUGUGCACAGGAUAAAACCCCCGAUGCGAACGCUCCAUCAGUGUCCGGUGUGUCAUCAGAAAUUUUCCAACAUAUUCGUCCUUCAGCAGCACAUCCGUCUGCACACCGGUGAAAUGACCGACUUGACACCCGAUCAAAUCAAAGCGGCGGAAAUAAAAGAGUUUGAAGGACAUGAUAUGCGCCUUAAUCCUUUCGGAUUGCGGUUAGGCGAGUUCCCUCAUCAGAAUCAAAACAAAAGAAUGCUGGAACAUUCGGACGAGGAAAAUGAUCAGGAAACUAGUGAAGGAAAAUCGUCCCCCAAGGUGCCGACGAUGGACGAUAAAUCGAAAGUUAAAUCGGGCCUGACAUCGCCAGCCAUCGAGAGCCAGGUAGAGGACUUACGUGCAAUGAAUCUGCAGCGCCUAUCAGUGCGGUCAUUACCGAGUGAGGAUUUCUCUCGCGAUUCGGCCUCUGCAAGUCCAAACUCAUCAGAGGCUAAACGAUUGCGGCCAUCGAGCCCCAUCGGAUCGGUUUCGUCGAUGUUAUCGAACAGAUCACCCAUGUCCACGCCACCCACAACAGGAAACGAACAGCUAGGCGUUCUGGGUAGAGCGGCCGCUGCUAGUGCUGCAGCUGUCGCAUUUCCCUAUGGACCUCCCUUUCUUGGAAUGCCACAGUUUCCACCGUUCAUCAAUCGACCUCCAUUUCUUGGAAGUGUUCCUAUCGUGCCUCCUGGUUCCAAUAUGCCGCCGUUCGGAUUGUUUGGCGUACGUGGAAACACAACAACUUGUAAUAUUUGCUUUAAAACUUUUGCUUGUAAUUCCGCGCUUGAAAUUCAUUACCGAAGCCAUACGAAGGAGCGCCCAUUCAAAUGUACAAUCUGCGAUCGAGGAUUUUCUACAAAGGGAAAUAUGAAACAGCACAUGCUCACUCACAAGAUCCGUGAUAUGUUUGGCAACUCUGUCGGUAACUCAGGGGAUGAAUCACGUACGCAAACUCCGCCGCAAGAUUCGAACGUCUCAGGAAAUAGUUCCGGUGGUGCGAUUAACAAUAGCCGCUUCGGAUUAUCACAUUCUCCAGCAUCGAUGAUGGAUACGGCAGACGAUUACUCACCUUAUUCAGGCGAACAAACCCGUGAACGGUCCUUAUCCGGCAGCUACGAUGGUCCUCCGACUGCCUUGGUGAAACAAGAGAAAGAACACUCUAUCGACGAUAAUAGUUCCAACGGCUUACAUUUGAGAACAACCGAGAACACUUCAAAUAAUAACUAUCAACAAUUCACAAACAAAGAUGUGGACAUCAAAAAUUGGUGCCAAAAGCUGAAAGAGAUGCCGGAGAAUAUAGCUGCAAGUUGAUAAUCUUUCGCUAGGAAUGCUUCGGUUGCCGAAAAGAUAGAUUUUUGAGUGUUAAGGGAAUUUAUUAAGAAGCAUGGCAAAACAAAGAUUGAAUCCGCAAUAAAUAAUCAAAUGUGCGAUCUCAGUAACAAUCCCACUCUUCGUUCUUUUGAUGAAGGUAACCCGAAUUUGUAUUGUAAAACGACAAUGGAAAAUUUAUUUUGUAAAAAUUGUAACAUAUCAACCGAAAUUUAAGAUGUAGAUGAGUUGAACAUUCAGAAUGCAACGAAAGAAUCCCAUCUUUUCGUUAAGAGAAGAGAAAGUUCAAUGUAGAGGAGGGUUUGGAAAACCUACAGGAGAUCUAUGCUGCUCUUAUUCGUAUAACAGUCCCAUAUUGAUAGGAAUAGCUAACAAUAUGGGACUGCUAUGCAAGUAGGGGCAAUGUACGAUCAAGGAUAUAAGACCUUUGUUGUUUUAUAAAUUGGUGUGAUAUACCUGACAAGAAAAUCAGUUGAACGGUAAGAUUAAUUAAACGCUAUAAACCAAUGAUGUAGCAUAACAUAAAUCCCACACAAGCUGAGACUGCAAACAAACAAAACCGAAAAUUAGUUUCUGUGAACCUAGUAUUUGACCCUCUAUCUGUUGUGGAGUAAAGUGCAAAAUAAUAACACGAAAGACCGACAGGUAAAGUACGCUUGGAGUUACUUUGCUUGUCACCAUUGGAUAUCUAUUUUAAACACUGCGAAAAAAACUAACUGUAAGCUAUUGUUUUGUAUAGACACAAAAAUAACCUAUAACUAAAAGUUGGGCCUAGGAGCUCCUUCAAAGUACUGUAUGUGAGUGUGUCGCUGUAUGUAUGUACCUAUGAAAAUACAUUUAAUAUUUCAUUAUGCUUUAUAAAAGUCUAAAUCAAAUCAUUAUUUAUAGUAGGUUAUACAAAACAUGAGCAACUAUUUGUAUUUGUAUAGCAAAUGAUGGAUACAAAUAAGGGAAGAGAUACAUGUAAAUUCAUUUUGAUGCAUAUGAUAUCUCGUGAAUGGGAUAAAAACGUUACAAAAUAAAACAAAUCAAAAUCAGACAGAUAGUUUAAAUUUAAUUGAAAUUAAAAGAAAGAAUAUAAAAGUAAACAUUUGCAUUAAGUUCCCUGUCAGCACUACUAGGUACUAUUGAUAGUUCCAUCCUUUAGUUCAUCUUUAUCAUACUCGAUUUUUGUAGUGAAGUAUACCAGGAAUCAUGUAAUUUAAAAACUUUUUUUGUGAUAAUUUAUGUUAUGGAAAAUUAUAUUAGGUAUUUAUGUUUAAUUUUUAUGCAACUGUUUUUAUUGGAAAUUCUGUAUGAAAUGACAAAACUGAAUGACAAAAUAAUAUACAACC